AACAAUUAUGCGACUUUUAAUGAUUUUAUUGAUCAAAUUUUGACAGAAAGAAAAUGGACAUUAGCUUUCAAUUUGUGUCUUAAAGAACAUUUUAUUGAAUGUUUAAAAGAUUACAAUGAUCUAUUUUUAAUUGCGAAUGUGAAUGUUGAUAUCGAAAAGGCGAACAAACUCAGUAUAGGUAAAAUAAAUGAAAUUGUAUAUUUACUUGAACGACUACAAGAUGCCGAGGACAAAAUAACAUGGAACGCAGAUAUAGAAUGGGAUAAUAUGGAGCAAAUUACUAAUGGUAAACUUGAUAAGGGAAAAAUAGAUUUUAUUUGGAAUAUUGUUUAUAAAAUGAUUUCCGGAAAGACCUUUUUAUCUAUCGAGCAAGCAUCAGAAUAUUUUAACAAAUUUUCGAACGAAUAUGCAAAUUUUACUGAAACUGAAAAUGCUUUUUUUCUUGCACGGAUUAAGACCGCAAUCAUUUUAUGCACAAAACAUCAAAUGUAUACAAAACAAUAUAUAAAUGAUCUUAAUUGUUCAGUUUUUGACAAAUUAGCUCUUUUACGUCAAAAAUUUAAUAUUCAAGAGUUAAA